AAGGGACGGAAUGAAUUCCAUCUCUCUUCCUUUUCUGGCCUAGGGGGCACAUCCCCCAACUUUCAAGCACACCGACCCCCCAUCCAGCAUCAGCAGAAGCUCUCAUUUGAGAUGUGAGAGCCUUUCUUUCAUGUGAUCGGAGGGGCAUCAUUUGUUUUUCCCCAACUCCCCCGCUCGCUUGUUAAUGUUUUUGAAUUGUGCCCAUCGUCAGCUACCACGCAGCACCAAAAGGUAUAAAAACAAUCAACUCCUGCUCCUCAGUUAUUUCCCCGGAUCAUCGUCGCAAUCUCCUGCGUCUCCGUUUGCUGGGUCCCAGAUGAUCACCUCACCUUGGCUUCGUCUGAGGGACUCCUGACUGGAACGUACCUGUUGCGCGCACGGGCGGGAUCCAAUGCAUGGCGGGCAAACAAUUCACCCACAUCUGAUCCCAACCACUCGGCGGCAUGGAAGGCUAUUUCAGACACUUCGGAAAUGUGUCAAAGUGCUCGAACUCGCGAUGGUGGGCCAAGCUUUGCUCGGUGCGACUCGGCGCUUCCUGCGUUUGAUAUCAACAAAUUGGGGGACGACAAGGGGAGCAGCAGGAAUGCACGACUGAAGCUAAAAAGCUUGUCGUGGAGAGGUGUGCCAAAACCCGGCAUGUCCCCAUUGGGGACAUUACGACCGCCUGUAACAGGUGGCCCCCGCGCUCUCUUUCAGGGCUUCCUUCCCCCCAAAGCCUACAAUAGCGCAGCGGAUCCGUCGGGUAAAUGCGUAUCGCACGACCGGCCGUGUCGUCGCUUCCUUCCAAAGCCCUACGACAACGGAACAGCUGCUAUCCUGGCGAAGCGAACCAAGGAAGGCAUCAAGGACCACGAAUUGCAAGCAAGAAAAUUUUUCUUUUUUGAAAAGCUUUCCCGUCUGCCUUCUACCCGAGUUGCGCCUUCCUUGCACUUUUCUCUCCCUGCGUCCGUCUUCCGUUGUCUUCUUUCUUGUUUCUUUCGCCGCUGCCGCGGAGCUUCGGGGAAACUCCAGCUGUGGACGGAAAAUGCCUCUCCGCAAAUUCACCGUGACCAUUCCGGGGAAGGCAGUCGUUCCUGGACGGUUGCCCUUGCCAUAAUCAAUGCGACAGGUUCUGGAUAUCUUCAAAAGUUCGGUGAGAUGAUCGCUGGCUCUCCCCAUGAUUCAGAAGCCGAGCAUCCGCUUCCCCAGAACCUGGAGUACGGGGAUCCGGAGACCCCGUAG